UGACGUCCAGAAGGUGGGAGCCGUUUCUGAACGUAGCCAACGGGCUGCAGCGCUGGCUCCACUGCGAGCCUGUCAAACACAACCAGCGCAGCCAACAUGGCGGACUGGGACGCUGAAACCUACCAGCCUGAGGAGCCGAAUAAAAAGGCGGCAUCGAUGGACAAAUGGGAAGGCGAAGACGACGAGGACGACGUUAAGGACAAUUGGGAUGAUGAGGAUGAAGAGAAAAAGGCAGCGCUGAAGAAAAAGGCGAUGGAGACUAAGGUCUUUGAAAGGAAAAAGCUGAGUGAGAAGAUCAAAGAGAAAGAGAACCAGUUAAGGAAACAAGAGGAGCUGAAGAAGAAAGAGUUGGAGGAAGAUGAAGAGCUCACACCUGAAGAAGAACUUGCAGAGAAGAUAAGGGUGAAGAAAUUACAGGAAGACGCUGACCUGGAGCUAGCAAAAGAUGCUUUUGGUGUCGGCAGCUCUUCAAACAGUGUCGCCGGGAUUGACGCCAUGAGUCCAUCUUCCAAAGAAGACUUCACAGAGUUUGAAAACUUGCUGAAAGAAAAGAUAUCCCAGUUCGAAAAAUCUGUGCAUUAUUCAAGUUUCUUGGAUUCAUUGUUUCGGGAACUCUGCAUUUCAUUGGAAGUAGAAGAGUUGAAGAAAGUCAGUAAUUCCCUGACGGCCCUACUUAGUGAAAAACAGAAACAAGAAAAACAAAACAAAGGCAAGAAGAAGAAGAAAGGGGUUGUAGCUGGAGGCGGAUUGAAAGCACAGAUGAGAGAUGACCUUGACUAUGCAGAGUUUGAUGGUGGCUACGCCCAGGACUAUGAGGACUUCAUGUGACAUUGGCUCAUCACUCCCGCCCUGUUCCCCUCCUAACCCUCCUCAGAAAUGCAGCUGUACCUUUUUCAUGCUGUCCAGUGCCAUCCUGGAAAAUCUGAACUAUGUGUUGCCCCCUUAAUUUUGCUUCAAUGACCAGAGGGAUCAUACCAUGGAGAGUCCAGUCUCACCAACUCUGUCCGGUCAUACAAAUGGAAUGGCCUUUUCCUGUCAUUCAGCCUCAAUUCUCACACAUCAUACAUCGUCUGUUGGGUGACCCAGCUUCAAUGGAGAAUACAUUAUAACUGCUGUUUGCUGGGUUUUGCAGGCCUCAUUUCUUAUUAAAUGUUGCUUCUUUUAAAACGGCAGAUACAGUAUUGCAGUUGUAAGUAAAGUGACAUAGAAACACAAGGUUCUAUGCAAAUUCCUUAACCAGAAUGUCAUGGAUAUAUUAUUGGUCGUGCUUACCUGUGGAUGGUUCUCUUACAGGAAAGUAUAUAGUAUCUAUAACUUUGGUUGCCAAAUUCAGAACAAUUAUUCAUCCUUAUCUCGGGAAGGGUUGCGCUGUGGGUGAUUUUUUUGAGACUGAUGCAACGUGUAAGUAGUAAUUUUACAGAGAGCACAUGACAUUCACUGUAAGGUAAAAGGAAUAGACGAGUCGGCUAUAAUAAAUGUGACUUUAAAACCUCA